AGAACGUGCUGCUACUGAACAUCAGUACUUCUUUUGACACUGCUAACAUAUCCAAUAUUUACCAGAACUUGAUUACUGCUAGCCCUGAUGAUCCAUCACUCAACAGGACAGAAACAAUAAUUCCUGAAAGGAGUUGUGAGUUGGGUGAACGCCCAUGGCAGUAACUCUACCAAACAGCAACUGCUAAGCAGGCAAAAUUCAGCUAACAAAAUUCAGGGAACAAAAAUGGGAACGCAGCUCUGGACAAUGCGGUUUCUCUUGUUUGCCUUCGUUUUUCAUCAAGGAGACCUGACAGUGUUCCUAUCAGCCAACGAUGCACAUAACAUCAUGGCAAGAUCAAAGCGGGCUGGUACCAUGAUCAUUGAGGAGAUUCUCCAAGGUAAUCUGGAAAGAGAAUGCCUUGAAGAAAGGUGUUCAUAUGAAGAGGCAAGAGAAGUCUUUGAAGACACUAAAAAAACUGACCAGUUUUGGAAUUCCUAUUUUGGAGGCAUGCAGUGUUCCUCAAUCCCCUGCCUGAAUAAUGGUGUGUGUACAGAUAGCAUUCGCAGUUACACAUGCAACUGUCGAGAUGGCUUUGAAGGAACCAACUGUGCUUUUGCUAAAAAUGAUUGUCGCCAUGAAAUGAACGAGGGUUGUCGACACUUCUGCUACCCAGAACUGACAUCCUAUCGUUGUUCAUGCGCCAAAGGCUACAAACUCGGGAAAGACAAUAAAGAAUGCAUUCCGCAAGAUGAGUGUGCCUGUGGCAGACUUGAGGACCACUUACCAACGCAGCUGAAUGCAACUGAAAAGAUUGAUGGGGGCUUCCCUUGGCAGGUCCUGCUCUUAAACUCGGAUGGAGAAUGGUUCUGUGGAGGUGUUCUACUGAAAACUAAUUUUGUACUUACUACAGCUGAAUGUGCCCAGAUGUCUCCUACCAGCGUCAAGAUUGGAACCAACAGCCUGCAAAGUGCAAGACAAGAAAUAGAAGUGAAACAGAAAAAUAUACACAUCCGGUAUGACAGAACCACUGGUGAGAACAACCUGGCAUUGCUUGAACUCGGAAGGCACAUUGACUGCAACAGCGAUCACCUACCCAUAUGUGUUCCAGAGAGGGAUUUUGCAGAGCAUGUGUUGAUUUCAAAACUGGCAGCCACUCUCAGUGGCUGGGAAGUGGCUGCAAACCAAUCAACGGAUUCGCUAGCUGAGCUGCCAGUUUCAUACCUCAGUGAAAAUGACUGCAAACAAAAACUCAACAGAAGUCUGAUCACCAGAGAAUUCUGUGGCCAUACUCAUGGGGCAGCUGAUGAGCUACCGGCUGAAGGAAGUUUUACUGCCGUCGAUUACAAAGGCACUUGGUUUCUGAUGGGCAUUUUGGAACCAAGGGCAACGGAAGCAAGUCAGUGGGAAACGUUGAUAUUCACCAAGACUUCAAGAUACAUGAUGUGGUUUAAACAAAAAAUGGGCUAAUUAAAGGGAGUGGCAAAGGAACAGGGAGAAUGGCAAGGUCCAGCAUUUACAUGUAUUCGAGUAGGAGUGGUUGUUGUAAAUAUUAUGUAUGAUUAAGUGCUAAAAUAAAGCUUUCUGCACCUGCC